AUGGCAAGUAAGUUUGAGAUGAGUGACUUGGGGAAGCUUACAUACUAUCUAGGCAUUGAGAUACUCGAGGAAAGCGGUAUGAGUGAAUGUAAUCCGACGCAAGCGCCUAUGGCAUUUAAUGUCAAGGUGUCUAAAGUGAUUGAAGAAAAAAACAUCAACAAGAAGGAGUAUAGAAAGAAUAUAGGUUGCCAGCGGUAUUUACUACAUACUCGACCGGAUCUCCAUUUCUCAGUAGGAGCAUUAAGUAGAUACAUGCAUGAACCGAAAAAGUCACAUGGAGCGGCCUUCAAACAAAUCUUAACGUAUCUUCGCGGAACGGUCUCCCUAGGUGUUCGCUUUACUCGUUCAAAUGAAGUCAAGCUGAUCGGAUACAGUGACAGUUCACACAAUGUAGAUAGUGAUGAUGGAAAAAGCACAACUGGUCAUGUGUUUUAUCUCAAUGAGGGUCCAGUUACGUGGUGUUCCCAGAAGCAAGAGAUCGUUGCAUUGUCAUCCUGUGAAUCUGAAUUCAUGGCUGCAACGGAAGCGGCUAAACAAGCAAUCUGGCUACAAGAGUUACUCGGAGAGAUCAUUGGGAAGCCAUGUAAGAAGGUGACUAUACUGGUAGAUAACAAGUCCGCAAUUGCGCUUACGAAGAAUCCAGUAUUUCAUGGUCGAAGCAAGCACAUUCAUAAAAGGUUUCACUUCAUACGUGAAUCUGUUGAGAAUGAGCAAGUUGAGGUUGAACAUGUCCCGGGAAAUGAGCAAGAGCCGACAUACUAA